CAUUUGAACCAUUUGAACCAUUUGGAUAUGAGGGAAAUUGGUUCUUGCGCUACUUGCAAAGACCUUGGGGAUUUCCCUACUAUAUUUCGACAGGUUAUCAGAUCCCUAGUUACGUUUUAUCUAAAUCCGUGUGGUUUGUUAGAUUGUAUGAUGUCUCCCAUAAGCAAGCAAUACGAAAUUGAAAUCAGAAGACGAGAAGUUCGAGAUUUAAGAAUCCAUUGUGCUUGUGAAAGGCAAAAGUUCAGCCGUACUGUUUUAGACCUAAUUAAUUAUUGUCAGCAAAAUAUCUUAUCAGAUCCUCUUAUUCAUCGUGUUAAAGAUAAUCCUUUCAAUGAGAAGAAGUGGACGUGCGGGAUGUUCUAAAACGUUGGACAGGAUGAGUGUAAGGAAGCCCAUUCUUUUGUUUGCGAAACAACGCUUAAUAUUCGUAUUGGUUCUUAAGCAAAAUAAAGAAGUUUAGUAACUUUGUUUUAUUUUCACGAGAAAGCAUCAAAGAUUUAUUUAGAUUACGGAAUAUUUAGUUUACUGAUAUGAAUAACAAGUUUUUCAAAUACUCUCCGGAUUGUCUAUAUUUGUCAACAUUCGUUACCGUGACCUGGCUUUAUAGUUUAUCUAUCAUGAAGACUACUGAGUUGUUGACAAAAACACUUGUCAACUGAGGCCCUGAUAUACCAUGAAAACCUGCUAAAAAAUUCCACAAGAGAAAGCUGGAAUUAUACCUGGGUAUGACGACGCUAGAAUAUUUCGUGUGAAUAACCGGCAUUUCUAUCUUUCCACUCCAUCACCUUAUAGAUUUUCUCUCACCAGUAUGAUUUACAGCUACUUAGGGAACAUUAAGAAAUUAUUAGUGAAAGUCCAUUUAGAGGUCAGCCCUGAGCAACCAGCUCCAAGUAAUUAUUCAUUAGGAUAUGUUACCACGCUUCCAGUUUUUUUAAAGGUUCCCCAAGAGGAAGUGUCUUACUGUUAUUUAUACGCAACGCAGAACCUGGCACACAUAUUCAUCUUUCCAGGUUGUUGCGUCCCAUUAGCGCAGCGAGAUAAAGUUGUCAGGACAAAUCCCAGAGUAGUAAAAGUAUUAACAAUAUAUGUGGUAAUAUAAAAAAUGGGACAUCAAAAGUACUGCUCAUGAAAAUAUGGAUUUGUACAUAUAAUUACCAUAGGAUUAUUUAGAAGCUUAGCGUCUAAGGGUAGAGUUCAUGCACGUGGGUCAUUACAAACGGUUCCAGAAUCCUGAGGCAGCUAAUGGCGUAUGAACUUAUUGUUGGUCACCGGCUACCAUGGGAUUGUAUCUCCUCACUUUGCUCCACUGCUUAAUGGAUGAUGCCUUUAGGUCAAAGGCUUGGGAGUACCUCCCUAAGGAAACCACCUGCGUUGGUUUGGGCGCUCGGGUAGUAUUCCAGUCCUCACACAGAUCGAAUAAUGAAGUGUGACGCAUAAAUAUUUGGUGCCUUUUUGCACCAAUAUUUAUGUGUUCAGAUAAAUAAACUCUAACCAUUGGUUAUGGUAAUCAUGUGCACCCCAACCAGGUAGUCUGUAACCAAAUACCAACAAGCUACCCUGCUAUGGUAUGGCUAUACCUACGAAACCAACUUUAUUUCUGUUAUCAUUAGUCUUGUUUCUCUGUAGUUUUCUCUUACCAGCCUUCCCUCACUUCAUCUUUCAAAUAUGCAACCAUUACUAAUGGUUCAACCUUGUGGCGAAUGCAUCUCUACAGUACUCACUUUGGAAAGUAAGGACACACACAAACGUCUGAUUCUAGGGGUAUUUCUUAACCUGGUGGCUGGAUUUGACUGUAUAUAUUGAAAAGUCUUUGGUAGUAUUGCUCAAAGUAUUACAUCCCUUUAAAGGGUCUUUACUUGGAUACCUGUGGUUGGAUUGUAGUUCAUGGCAAACUAUCAAGUAGAUUGGUUACUUCAUAGGUGUCUGUCAGGCUCGUCCACCUCCCACAUUUCUAAGCUUCGUCAUGGUUGUGUAAAAAUAGCUGUCAAACCUUCCGUUAGUUGACGUCGUACCUGGGGAAACCAACUUGGAGUACGCAAAUGUUACGACUCCGUCUAAUGUAAAGACUAAAGAUGUGGGGUUCAAAACACUUAAAAUAACGGUACGAAUAUUCUAAAUGAGUUUCUCUUCGAGCGUAAACUCUUUCCUUAAGACUGGUCUACAACCAUGCUCAGUCUAACUGUAAUUAUUGGAGUAGUUGAUCAAGUUGAUUACAUCACUUAUCUUAGGAGUUUUAUCGCCACUGUUGAUUCGUUAGUUAUAUGUACUUAUGGUUAGUGUCUUUGUAGCAUCACUCUCGUAUGGUCAAAUAGUUGACUGUUGGCGUAUUCCGUCUAGUGAAAUAUGGAGUUCCUAAAUAGGGUUCUGAAGAUAUGUAUAAUAUGUAGUUGGAGACUACAGGUAAUAUGGACAGAUUUUUACAUUAUCAAGGCGAUGAGUCUCACUGCUAUAAAAAUAGUGUCCCAGUUCAAUGAGCCGCAAAACUUGCUAGGAUACGGCGUUUUCUUUGUCAAUGAUUUGUUUAGUUUUUCGGUAGACCAACUUUAGAUAUAGACUGUAGUGUUGAGUUACAUAAUUAUGCAGUCAAUCUAUACGUGAGAGGAAGACCAAUUUUACUGAUUUGGUGAUACUCAGAAAGGAAAUUAUGUCCACCGGAUGUCUCAUGUGAAAUGGUACUUAUUAGGUUUCUGAGUGCAUAAAACCAUCUGCUCAGACCUCAUUGACUCGAUUUUGAUUUUGUAUGUCGAACUAUAAGACUGUUAUAGAAUGUAUGCAUCCUACAAUCAUGAGUAGACUUUCAUCUUGAAUAAUAGAAAAGUAUGUUAGUUGUUUUUUUCAAUAAGCUAUCUAUUGAACAUUUCAAUCUUCCGUAUACAUUCAAUUACCUAGAUUCAUUUUUUUUGAUUCACUGUAUCCUUUAAAUUAGUGGCUAGUUGGAUACAACCCCAUGAAAAUAAACGAUAUAUACAAAGUGGAUUAGUUCUAAUAUAAAUAUACCGUGUAGAUAAUAUUACAGUUUACUUUAGAAGUAAGCAUUCAUAUAUAGACUACCAUUUUACUUGACGUGUAGUACAUAUCUCAAGCUUCAUUAUGUUCAUUUGUAAAGGAGGCUUUAUUUCAUUAGUUGUAAUUCAUAUUUGGACAUCCGAAUUUUGCCCAUUAGAUGGCGCGUGCAAACAAAAUCUAUCCUGUCCAUUCUUAAUAAAUGGUUUAUAUAUGCGAUGCUUUCGUAAUUCAGUACAGUAACCUCUGAAAAGUCGUUAACUUAUCAACACAUUUAAUCAAGAAUUUUUAUAUUAAUUUCACUUGAAAAGUAUGAGUUAACAUAAAGAUUUCAACAAGUGGUCUAUUUUAACACAUAAUUAGUAAAAUAUCUACUACAUGAGGAGUAUGUUCAUGAAGUAAAUGAACUCGUCAUCAGUAUGGUUUUGUGUGGUUUGUAAAUAUUUUCUGUUAGUUUAAAAUAUAAAAGGAUUUGUAAAAUAAAGUAUAUUUUUCACAAAGAAAGUAAUUGUUUAACUACUACAAUAACCAAUUUAUCAUGUGUUACAAAGUAAGUCUAUAUCUUCUUGGAUUGUACAGAUGGAGUGUUCAUAUAUUUUAAAACCAAGUAAAGAUUAUUGGACAGGCUCUUUAAAAAAAUUCACCAUCUGUUCCUACCAGAAUUUAUAACAGUAGUAUGAUUAUCAUCACAUUAUUGGUAUCAAUAAAAGUUCUCUUUUUAUUAAUGCUAAAAUAAUUCUCAUAUAUAUAUAUAUAUAUAUAU